AUGGAUGAGCUCUUUGAUGUCUUUGAAGACCACCCUCAGCCGGUUAAGCCGGCUGAGAGUGCACCCAAACGCGCUAAAAAAGACAAGAGCAAAAAACGUCAGGUGAAUGGCGACGUGAAGAAACCUAAUGACGCCCAGACUGAACCGAUCGAGGAUACUUCAAUGCCAGAUGCGCCUCCUGUGAAAUCAGAUGCUGUCGAUUCCGAAACCCUCGCGACCUCGAACCAAGAUCAGCCCGAUACGAAGCGGCCUCGUUUGGAGGAUGUAUCUGAACCGGUACUUGCCGAUUCUUUUGAAGCCGAGGAAGAGGUCCAAUUCAAAAAUGUCCAAGGCGGGGCUGAGGCCGACGAAGGUGCAACCGUGACGGUAUCUCACCAAGUGCGCCAUCAGGUCGCAUACCCUCCGGAUUAUCCGUACGUGCCACUCGAUCAGCACAAGCCACCCGCGGAACCAGCGAAGACCUGGCCUUUCCCACUUGACCCUUUCCAGAAGCUGGCCGUCUCUUCAAUCCAGCGACAUGAGAGUGUGCUUGUUUCAGCGCACACCAGUGCCGGAAAAACAGUUGUCGCAGAAUACGCGAUCGCGCAAAGUUUGAAGCAGAACCAGCGAGUGAUUUACACCAGUCCGAUCAAAGCCCUCAGUAACCAGAAAUACCGAGAAUUUGCUGCCGAAUUCGGUGAUGUUGGACUCAUGACUGGUGAUGUGACAAUCAACCCUACCGCUACUUGUCUUGUUAUGACCACAGAGAUUCUUCGCUCCAUGUUGUACCGUGGCUCUGAGAUCAUGCGUGAAGUGCAGUGGGUUGUAUUUGACGAGAUUCAUUACAUGCGAGACUCUACUCGCGGUGUCGUGUGGGAAGAGACCCUCAUUCUGUUGCCGGACAAGGUUCGAUAUGUGUUCCUGUCUGCUACCAUUCCAAACGCCAUGCAGUUCGCGCAGUGGAUCGUCAAAAUGCACGACCAGCCUUGCCACGUCGUGUACACAAAUUAUCGUCCAACUCCACUUCAGAACUACUUUUUCCCCGCUGGUGGGGACGGCAUGCAUCUCAUCGUCGACGAGAAGGGUGUCUUCCGUGAACAGAACUUCCAAAAUGCCAUGAGUGCUAUUGCUGAAAAAAAGGGUGCUGAUCCCGCCGACCCCAACGCUAAGCGCAAGGGUAAAGCAAAGGACGGACAGGUGGACAAGGGCGGCAACAAGGGCCCAUCGGAUAUCUUCAAAAUCGUCAGAAUGAUUAUGCUCAAAAGCUACAAUCCCGUCAUUGUUUUCAGUUUUAGCAAGCGGGAGUGUGAGUCGGGGGCGUUGCAAAUGGCAAAAUUGGCAUUCAACGACGACUCAGAGAAGGAAAUGGUUUCCAAGGUCUUCGACAGCGCCAUUGAAAUGCUUUCUCCUGAAGAUCGCAAACUGCCGCAGAUUGAGAACAUCCUUCCACUUUUGCGACGUGGUAUCGGCAUUCACCAUUCCGGAUUGCUCCCUAUCUUGAAGGAAACUAUCGAGAUUCUGUUCCAAGAGGGUCUCAUUAAGGUCUUGUUUGCGACUGAAACCUUCUCCAUUGGUCUGAACAUGCCCGCAAAGACUGUGGUGUUCACAAGUGUUCGCAAAUUCGAUGGAACCAGCCAGCGCUGGGUUACACCGUCUGAGUUCAUCCAGAUGUCCGGUCGUGCAGGUCGUCGUGGUCUUGACGAACGAGGUAUCGUGAUUAUGAUGAUCGGCGAGGAGAUGGAUCCUGCGGUUGCGAAGGAAAUCGUUCGUGGCGAGCAGGACAAGCUCAAUUCCGCCUUCCACCUUGGAUACAACAUGAUUCUCAACUUGAUGCGUGUCGAGGGCAUCUCACCUGAGUACAUGCUUAACCAAUGCUUUAAGCAGUUCCAGAGCUUGGGAAGUCUUGGUGGAUUGGAGGAAAAUCUCAAGGUAUUGGAGGAAAAGCGCUCUAACAUGAACAUCGCCGAUGAAGGCACUGUCCGUGAAUACUACGACCUACGAAAGCAGCUUGAUACAUUUGCGGAUGAUGUCCAGCAUGUCAUCACUCAUCCAAACCAUGCUCUGCCAUUCUUCACAAGCGGGCGACUGGUCCAUCUUAAGUACAAGGAUGCAGACUAUGGCUGGGGUGUCGUGAUCGACCACAAGAAACGCACACAGGGGAAGCACGAUACUCAGAAGCUGACGGACCAUCAAAGCUACACUAUCGAUGUCUUGGUAUCUAUUGCUCAAGGUCCAUCCGUCGGCACCAAAUCUUUCCAGGAUAUCCCCGCUACCAUUCGCCCAGCGGAAAAGGGCAUGGACUCUCGCAAUGAGGUUGUCCCCAUGACUUUCAAUUGCGUCAGGGAAAUUUCCCACGCCCGUAUUCGUAUUCCCAAAGAUAUCAGCAGCGUGGACGCCAGGAAAACCCUCAUGGCCUCCGUCACUGAAGUGCAAAGACGCUUCCCAGAUGGCCUCCCGCUACUUGACCCAAUGGAGGACAUGAAAAUUAAAGAUGACAGUUUCAAGAAGUUGCUACGGAAAAUCGAGGUUCUCGAGUCCCGUCUCCUGAGCAACCCUCUCCACAACUCACCCCGGUUGCCCGAACUGUGGGAGCAAUACUCCGAAAAAUUGGAACUCGGGUCCCAGAUCAAGGCUCAAAAGAAAGAGAUCGAUGAUAUCCAAGCAAUUCUGCUGCUCGAUGAGCUGAAGAACCGCAAGCGUGUACUGCGUCGUUUCGGAUUCAUCGACGAGGCUGAGGUCGUACAACUGAAGGCCCGUGUCGCUUGUGAGAUCAGUACCGGCGACGAACUCAUGCUCAGCGAGCUUCUGUUCAACGGUUUCUUCAACGACAUGACUCCGGAGCAGACAGCUUCUGUUAUGAGUUGCUUCGUGUUCGAGGAGAAAGUCAAGGAAGCCAAUCCCCUACAGAAGGAUGAACUGGCGAAGCCAUUGAAGGAGAUCCAAAACCAAGCUCGUAUCAUCGCCAAGGUGUCCCAGGAAUCCAAGAUGGCUGUCAAUGAGGAUGAGUAUGUCCAAAGUUUCCACUGGGAACUGAUGGAGGUGGUUUACGAAUGGACUCAAGGACGGUCCUUUGCCGAAAUCUGCAAAAUGACCGACGUCUACGAGGGAAGCUUAAUCCGUGUCUUCCGCCGGCUGGAAGAGUGUUUGCGACAGAUGGCACAAGCUUCCAAGGUGAUGGGCAGCGAGGAUUUGGAGAGCAAGUUCGAGGAGGCCCUUCUCAAGGUCCGCCGCGACAUUGUUGCUGCCCAGUCUCUGUACUUCAAUAUCAAUGCUGUCAUCAUGAACAGUCUGGUGGCCACACCUCCUGUUCCUCCUCAUUUCUACGAAAACCGCUUCUCUCCCUGUAUGAGUAAGAUAUCCCUUUUUCUUUUUGCCACAGCUUUGGCCUCCCCUUGUUCGCUCUGUCCAGAGCAAGCAAAUUGCGCAUUCAAACUAACAAAGCUAGUGUCUACACCUUCGUCUUCCUACUCAAACCGUAAACGGAAAGCCGACGACGAUUACAACGACCAUGACGGACGCAUGUCCGCUUCUCCCACCAACUCUCCAGCUUUCACACCUCGCCAACUCCCCAACAGCUACCGCAACAUCAAGCGUUCCCGGCCAAAUGUCUCCGGCCGACCGCUAGCUCUUCCCCGUCUCUUAGAGACCCUCGAUACCGAUGCCUUGCGGUCGGUUGUGCGGACCAUGUGCGAGCGUCACCCCCAGCUUGCCGACGAGGUCGUACACACAUCCCCACGCCCAAAUGUGUCCUCGACACUCCAGGUCCUUCGCAACUACCAGGCCGCACUUCAGUCUUCCUUCCCGCUGGGUAGCAACAGUGAAUCCGACUACGCCUACAACCGAGUUCGACAGCCGCUCACCAACCUCCUUGACGCCCUGAGUGACUUCACCCCCAACUUCCUCCCUCCCAACGAAACCCAGGCAUCCACAUCUUUAAGCUACCUGGACGGUGCGACGGAUAUCAUUCACGCCCUGCCUCGUUGGAGCACGCCACAGAACAACAUCGAACGAGACGCCGCCUACGACGAGAUGUGCAAGGCAUGGAUUUUGGUGAUCCGGGAAGCGGCCAAGCGUGGUGGUGGUAUUCAGCUCCAAUAUGGAGGCUGGGACCAGAAACUAGCCAAGCACAACCAAACCUCGGGUGGCAAGCUCCAGGGAGCCGUCAACGAACUUGGCCAGAGCUUAGGGUGGAUGGGAGGCUCUGAUACGCCUUCCCACGGAGCCAGCGGCGAAAUGGGCUCCAUCCGAGAUCAGCUCUUCUCCGGUACUUACGGACUGGGAACACCAGUCAAGGUUGGACCUUGGUGA